AUGUCACUCCCCUUCAACCCAGAGUCCUACCGCACGUCAUGCGACCGAUGUCGCCUCCAAAAACUCCGCUGCGUCCCCUCAUUCGACAGCGACUGGCCCAGCGCAUGCCAGCGGUGCACGCGCGCCAAAGCCCCCUGCGUCUACGGCCGACGGGCUCGCAGCGGCCGACGACCCAAGAAGCCCGACAGCCCGAGCGAAGAAGAAGCCCUGACACCGUCGUCGGGUCUCUCUUACCCGGUAAUGGGCCAUGUGGAUCCAAUCGCGGACCCGUUCGGUGAUCUCCCGCUAGACGGGGCCCCGACGGAGAACCUACGAUUUUGCGCUGCGGAUGACGGUCUAGAUCUGCCGAUGCAUGAGCGUUUUCCCGUGGCCGCGCAGGAAGACUGGUGGUCUGCAUCUUCUGCGUCAUCUCAGGCCGGGCCUGAAAAGGUAGAAGCGGCUGAUCUGCUGGACCAACCGAUGCGUUUGGAUCCCUGCGCCCAAGAAUACAUGGGAGAAGCAUUCGACACAUCCAGCACACAAAAGACCACACCACGAAGCUCACACGACACGAUGAUCGACACCCCACCAUCCUCCCCCCAGAUAAACAACCUCACCUCCCUGCUCAGCGCAACAACCACCUACGCACGCCACCUCCACCACCAUCGGCAAAAGAAUAGCACCAACCUCCUCAUCAUCCAAGACUACCCCAUCAGCGAAGCCGCGCGCCUCGCCCAAUGGCUCUGGAAAACCCUCCUAUUCCGGCACCGUGCCGAACGCCAGAGAAGGCGCUCCGGGCACGCUGAACCACCCACCGACACGCCGUCGCUCUUCAUGGCGCUGUCCUGCUACAUCUCGCUAGUGAGUAUCUACGAUACGCUGCGCGGCGAUCUCCAGCCGGUGUUGGCAGCACUUCCGCUGGUGAUACCGUCGCCGGCUGAGCUGCAGCGGGCGCUGCAGGUGGGUGAGCUGCCUUUGACUAGCGAGGGAACUGUGCGGAUCCUUGAUGCAGUGAGGGCGUUGCUUGAUGCGUUGGAUGCUGUUGAGGAUGGGUUUUGUAUUGUAAGGGAUGCGUGUGGGCUUUAG